AUGUCUGAGUUGUGUAUAAGAACUGCAUUCGCUUUCCCAAAUUUUCUCUUACUUUCAUUGUUGCUGUCUAUUCAUAAUUACCUUCGCCUAAUCAUAACACUUGCUUCCAAUAAAUCCUAUCUGUCUAUUUAUCUAUCUAUCUAUCUAUCUAUCUAUUCACAUUUAUCAUUUAAGGAUAUUCUAUUUCUGGUGAUAUUUGCCAAUAUAUAUUCAAUAUUCAUUUUUCCUUUCUCGAUUCCAUGCAUAUUUCUUUCUUUCUUUUCUUUCUUUCUUUCUUUUCUUUCUUUCUUAGAUUUCAUAUCUAUCUAUCUAUCUAUCUCAUUUCUGGCGAUAUUAGCACCAGUCUUAAUAUUCAUUCUUGCUUUUCUGGAUUCCAUCAUUUUUCUUUUCUUUUCUAUCUAUCUAUCUAUCUAUCUAUCUAUCUAUCUAUCUGUUGAUAGACUUUUCUUUUGUCACGCCUUCUCUUAUAUCUAUCAAGUUAUCUAUAUUUGCUUGUUUUCUCAAAAUGCUUUUAUGCCUAUUUUACUGGGUCUCACGUUUUUUCUUCUUCGCCCCAGCCCCCAACGCUUUUUAUUAUUUUCAAUUCUACUUUGCUUUUCUCUAUCACACGCCUUCAUUGUCUCUUAUCAUCCUCUUAUUUAUGUUCUUACAUUUAUUUGGGAAUUUCUAUGUCAAUCUAACUCUUUUUCUGUCAACCCACUUCUGAAUUGUAGUCCUUUUUCUAGUUUCUUUGUAAAUCUAUCUCUAUCUAUCUAUCUAUCUAUCUAUCUAUCUAUCUAUCCAUCCAUCUUCUAUCUAUCUAUCUAUCUAUCUAUCUCUUUCUUUCUUUCUCUCUCUCUUCUAUAUAUAUAUAUAUAUAUAUUUUAUUUUUAUUGCAUAUAUUUUGGCAGCAUGAUUUUAUUAAACAUGUCGCAUUAA